AUGAAUAAAAGCCAAGAUUCAGUAAUUGUUAUGCAACAAACAGAUCUUGACAAUCCUCAAAAUGAUAUAACAAGAUCUAGAAAUGAAUCGAUGACAUUUCGACUCUAUUUUCAUACGUUUUGGAUGGAUUAUCUUUUAAUGGCUAUUAUGGGUGCACUUGGUCUUGGUAUUUAUUAUCUUCCACCAGCACCUAAUCGUGUUUUUCCUGUUUAUUUCGCUAAUGGUCAAAUAGUUAAUCCAGAAUUUAGUUAUCCAUAUCAAAAAGAUAUUAUUCCAAUAUGGUUAGCUGCAUUAUUAGCAUUUAUUAUUCCAUUUAUAUUUAUUAUGUUAAUGCAAAUACGUCUUCGUAGUUUUAAUGAUACAAAUACAGCUAUAAUGGGUCUUCUUUUUUCUUUAAUAUCCGCUGCUGUUUUUCAAGUAUUUAUUAAAUGGCUUAUUGGUGGUUUACGACCACAUUUUUUUGCUGCAUGUAAACCAUAUAUAAAUGCAGCAAAUUAUGGUUCAGGUACUGGAUUUGAUGGUAUUAUGUUUGAUCGUUCAAUAUGUACAGGUGAUAAAAAACAAAUCAAUGAUUCACUUGAAUCAAUGCCAUCUGGUCAUUCAACAGCCGCAUUUGCUGGUCUUAUCUAUUGUUCAUUAUAUCUUAAUGGUAAAUUAAAAAUUUUUGCUAAUUAUCGUCCACAAUAUUGGAAAUUAAUUCUUUUUUAUGCUCCUAUACUUGGUGCUGUUCUUAUUGCUGCUACAUUAACAAUUGAUCAUUAUCAUCAUUGGUAUGAUAUUCUAGCAGGAGCAAUUAUUGGAACAAUGUUUGCAUUUGGAUCAUAUCGUUUUCAAUAUGCAAGUAUUUGGGAUUAUAGAUUUAAUCAUAUACCAUUACCACGAAUAAAUGCAGAAGAUGGUUUUGAUUAUCAUCUUGAUCAUUUAAAAAAUUAUUUAAGUGCUUCAAAAAAAGGUGGAUGGAUCAAUGAUCAUAUAUAUGGAGCACCAUUUGAUGCAACAGGAACAUUAUCAGUUAUAAAAUCAUCAGGAUCAGCUAUAACUGAUAUAAGACUAUAA